AUGGCAGGUCUGGCACUCAAGGCGAUAUCAUACGGUGCCGAGCAUAUUCCGGACAAGCUCUUCGAGGCCAUCCCCGGCGGCUACUUCAGAUCGCAACAAGAGAAGGAAGCAAAGAAGCGCCGCAAGGAAGAAAAGAAGCGGGAGAAGCGCCGCGCCCAGAGCGAGGGCCGCGGUCGCAGGCAACGCUCGCCUUCGCUGACCGAGUCCGACUACUACUCCUCGGACUACUACUCCGAGGACUCCGACUACGACCGCCGUCGCCGAAACCGCCGCAGCAGUGACACCGGCCGGGGCCGUGACCGUGGCCGCGAGCGUGACCGGGAUCGCAAGCAUCGCCACCAUCAUCACAAGGAUCGCUCCUGGUCCAGAGGCCUCGAUCAUCAUGAUUCGCCGCCUUAUGCAGACAGGUCCAAGUCACUGGGUCCUACCCAGGGCUUGCACAUCCCUCCUCCUCCGGUGCAGCCUUUCCCGCCCGCUCACCUAGCUGGCGAGAACUACGCUCACCCGCAGCCCUACAACGCGGCUCACAACCACUACGCUGCAAAGCCUUACAACCCGGCCGACUACGUCCCAGGCGCGAUGAACGUCUCGGAAUACACCAACGGACAGCCUGUGCCAGUGAAUACUCAGGCACUUGCGCAGGCUCCAGCUGCGAGUCAACCACCGGCCGCUGGUUACUACGGCACCCAGUUCCCGCCACCUCCGUCCGGAUCUCGCUCUUCGCGUGGUUCAUCAGUCGACUCCCGUGGCCUCCAAUCUGGGCCCUACAUCCCUCACAGUAACAUCCAGGCAAUUCCAGUUCCGAAUGCCACUGCCGGGGCUCCGGGCCAUUCGCCCUACGGAGCCAGGUUCCCAUCUGCGGCAAACACUCCUCCGUUCGGCCACACCCCCCCUCAAUAUCGGCCCCAGAACAGCUCUCCUUACCAGCCCAACUACAGCCCGAGCUAUCCCAUGCAGCAGCCUCACGGCUAUGGCUCUCAGCCAAUCUCCCGCCAUGGCAGCAUCCACAGUGGAAGUCCAAAUGUAUAUGGCGGUCAGGUCGGAGACGGCGCUCGCUCUCAUGACCGCCAUCGCCGUCAUAGCAUUCCCACGAAUCCCGAUAGUCGCAUGGCUUACCGCACUCCCUACCGCAGCAGGGCUGGAUCUUCCACGACCAGCACAAGCAACAGCGUUCGAGGCAGCAGAGCUGAUGCCAUCCACGAAUUACCCAACCUGAACCAGGGCGAUGGAAUUGAUGACCAUGGACAAGCUUUCGCUGUUGCUGCUCCGAGGGAAUCAGAGGCCGGUGUUGCCAUUGAGGCCGCUUCGGAGGGCGUCAACACAGCCGAAGCUUUGAAGAAGCGUCAUCAAACCAGAGCGGGUCGUAGGUCUCACGGCAGUCGUCGGGCUAUCAGGAGCGCUCCAGUGGAUGGUUACGGCAGCGCCUGA